AUGCAGUCGUGGGUCGUGGAGCGCAGUUGGACCGACUCCAUUGGCCUGCACAAGAACGGAUCAGCACGAUCAGCAGCCGUGGCAGCUCUCGACCGACCGGCGAUGGUGUACUACUUCACGUCCACGGUGGUGGACCCGUCUGCGUUUGUCUACGUCGGCAAGGACAAGUUUGAGAAUGAGGAUCUGAUCCAGUUUGGCUGGGAGGAGGACGUCUGGUUCCACGUCGACAAGCUGUCGAGCGCACACAUCUAUCUGCGGCUGCGCGAGGGCGACUCCUGGGAGAACAUCCCGGAGGACCUGGUCACCGACCUGGCCCAGCUGACAAAGGCCAACUCGAUUGAGGGCAACAAGAAGGACAACAUCACCGUCAUCUACACGCCGUGGUCCAACCUGAAGAAGGACGGCAGCAUGGCUGCCGGCCAGGUUAGCUUCAAGGACCACAAGAAGGUCAAGCGCGUCUUUGUCGCCCAGCGGGAGAAUGCCAUCAUCAACCGGCUCAACAAGACCAAGGUCGAGAAACAUCCCGACCUGCGCGAGGAGCGAGAGGACCACCAGCGGGAGCUCCGCAAGCGUGACCAGACCGCACAGCUGGAAAGGAAAAAGGAAGAGGCCCGCGUGGCCAAGGAGCGCGCGGAGCUCAAAUACCGCAAGGACCAUGCCUACGACGAUCUCUUCACCGAAGAGAACAUGGAGAUCACCAGCAACCAAAACCGGGACGAGGACUGGGAGGACGAUUUCAUGUAG